UUGUCAGGAGAUAUUAAAGAAUAUAUCGUUUUUUCCAGUUGUCUACAAUGAAGUCAAAUAUAUUACUUUGUUUUAUUUUGCUUUCAUUUGGCAAUGUUUUUGCUGAUAUCGGAUGCCCUUUCCUUCUAGAUUAUUCAGAAUGUGAAGCUAAUUGUGAAAGAUAUUGCGAAUGGUCUACUGGAACAAUAAUAAAACCUCCUUGUACAGACUGCAAAGAAGGUUGCAUUUGUAAAGAAGGAUACGUAAGGGAGUUUAAUUAUUACUCCAGUUGUAUACCAGAAUCACUUUGUAAACCCUGUCCUGCUAAUGAGCAUUACGAUGCAUGCACUCAUCAUUGUCAAUCCAAUUGUAAUAAUAAAGAUGAACCAGUUCCAUGUGAAUUUGUGUGUCAUGCCGGAUGUAUUUGCAAUGAAGGAUACAUCAGAAAAGAAAACGAUAAUUCUCCGUGUAUCCCGAUUGAAGAAUGUAAAAGUUAUUCACACCUUGACAUCAUGCUUCCAGUUGUUAUAAUCUUGUUCUUUUUAUACGGUAGUUUGGGCAUUGCAAGAGAAUGCUUUGUAAAUGAACAGUUUUCCAAAUGUCAGGCUCAUUGUCAAUCUUAUUGUAAUUGGACUAAUGGGACAAUAGUGACUCCUCCUUGUCCUAAAAUCUGUGUAAAUGGAUGCAUUUGUCAAGACAAUUAUGUAAGAUUACUACCCGAGGGGAAAAGUUUCUGUAUCCCUAAAACACAAUGCAAAAAAUGUCCUGAACACGAACAUUUCGAUCAAUGUAGUGCACAAUGCCAAAAUACUUGUAAAAGUGAAGAUGGUAAACCAUUGAUUUGUCCUUUGAUUUGUGCUUCUGGAUGCAUCUGUGACGACGGUUACGCCAGAAAAGAUGGAACUCCUAAAUCACCUUGUGUCCGUAUACAAGAUUGCCCAAAAUUGAAAAAUUCCUCUAUUAAUUCUGAAAAAGUAAAAUAAUUUCAAUAAAUCCUCCAAUAAAUUUUACAUCUCGUUUUAUUCUGUUGGUUUGUACUGUACAAUGAAUUUCUUGAAAAACAAAACAGAUAAAAAAUAUUAGGCUAUAAUUGUAUUUUUUUCCAGCUUUCUGUUACUUUUAUCACAUGUGAAAUAUAUUAGACAUUUUUAAUAAAAUAAAUGUAAAUCUUUCGAAAUUAUGUAAUAAAGCAAAACUUCGAGAAUA